AUGUCUCAACAAUUUUUCUGUGCGUCCGAGCUUGCAACUUUCAUCUGUAUUUUAGAUCAUCUGCCGCCAUCCAGAACGGCAUCACCUGUAUCUCAAUUCGAAGUUGAUGAUAUCCAAGUCCGGUAUCACCCCAACAGCGGGUGCCCUACACAAGUCUACCACUUCGAGGAUUAUAGAUGUGGCCCUGGUGCUCCAGCAGCGCCUCCGAAAGUCGAUCCUGAGCCCUGGCGUCCAUUUCGCACUCGUAUUGACUUUGAAACUGGUUCAUCAGACUUAUUCAUUGCAGUAGAUUUUACGAAGGAAGAGGUUGUUGUGCCCUUCCAAGGCGUUGACCAGACCUUUCCGCUUUUUCAUCACUCACUAUGGGACUGGGCUGUGGACUUACUUCAGGAUCCUGAAGUUGGUCCACAUUUCGUUUUCGAUGCCCAACAGCUUUCGAGGUUCGAUGGUGAGAAAUUCGUUCGGUAUAUUCACGAGCCUUGGACUGCUGAUGCCUUCUGGGAAUAUCAGAGUGGAAUGGAGGGGACAGAUGUGAGAGUGCAGGGUCUAGUUCCGAUGCACGGGAAGUCAGAGGAGUGGAGGGACGGAGGAACGGGGGAGCGGGGGAACAAGGGAAUGGGGGAACGGGGGAACAGAGGAACAGAGGAUCGGGGGAACGGAGGAUCGGAGGAUGGCCAACCUAGGGAGUCCAUCCUCUAG